UUUUUUUAUUCUGAGUCAUCACUCGAUUCCUCCAAUCCUUUUUCACCUUCCAUGACCUCCAGAGUAAGUUGUACUAAAUAGUGGUAAUUUAUCUAUAUAAACACACACAAGAAUAUAAGGAAGACCUCAACGGCCACCGGUUCCGGGUGGUGACGAUGACGUACUUCCCGUACAUCAACUACGUGCGUGAGAGUGAUGCUCCAGGCACGGCGGUGCGCCUCACUGACUCCCUCAACACACGCAUGAUGGAAGCCCUCGCAAGGCACCUCAACUUCAGCUACGAAGUACGUGAACCAGAGGAUGGUCUGUGGGGCCUGGAGACUCCGGGGGGUAACUGGACGGGUAUCGUGGGAACUCUCCAGCAUGAAAAAGCAGAUUUCUCUAUGGACCUGACGAUCACACUUCAGAGAAAGGCAGUGGUGGACUUCUGUCGGGCUUACAUCGGUGAAGACAUGUCCAUACUGUCCUUGAAGCCAACGCCUCUCCCUGAAUAUUUAGCUUUAUUCAGGCCGUUUGAAGGUAUAGUGUGGGUUGCUGUGGUGGCGGGCACCUUCGUGUGGGGAGCGGUGUUGUGGGUCCUGCUGAUGGUAAAACAUGACGUGACGGAGAGGCACCGCGUGAGUCUUGCUUCAUCCCUCUUCUACGGAUGGGGGCUGCUACUAGAAGACCAACCUUACCACCCUCCUGUCAGCAUCGCAGGCCAGGUGGAGGAAAAGCAAAAUAGCAACUCAGAUUACCACGCUGUCAAAGCUCACAUGCAGACAAUGGCGACAGAUGUCGGUAUUAAAAGAGUAUUAGAUGGAGGCUUUUCUUACAUGCGUAAUUAUUACGCCACAAAGAUAUUAAUAGAAACCUUCUCCACGAAAGAGAAAGGCGAUAACCCAUUCCACAUUGGAACCACCAGAUACCCCAUGUUUGCUGGAAACUCUUGGGCAUUCAGGUAA